UUUGCAGAUUCAAGACGGUGGGCAUGUCUGGGAAUGUUAGAAAAGACUGGAGUCUCUUGGCUUCUUUCUCUUUCCUCAGCUUUGCUUAGCUUUUGAACUGCCCUUUGGUGAGAAUACACAGGAAGACAGGGCGACUGAGUUCCAGACAAUGCAACCCCAGGAAUUAGUGACCUUCAAGGAUAUAGCUGUAGACUUCACCCAGGAAGAGUGGGCCCUGCUGGACACAUCCCAGAGAAAGCUGUUCAGAGAUGUGAUGCUGGAGAGCAUCAGUCAUCUGGUGUCUGUGGGGUAUCAACUCCGCAAAUCAUAUGUGACUUCCCAGUUGGAGCAGCGAGUGGAGCUGUGGAGGGAAGGAAAAGGAGUUCACCAGUGCCUGAGUCCAGAUAUGACCGCAGUCCACCUAUCAUAGAAUCCUGCUGUUCUAAAAUCUGAGGGCUCUCACUGCCUGGGCGCUGCAGGAAGAAAUGUUAACUUUGUUUUCACCUCAGUCAUAUUUGAUUUCUAACAUUUUAAUUAAAACAACU